UGCCGCCACUGUUCUCAGAGUGAGCAGGAGCGGAGAGAGGCUAGAGAAGCAGGAGCAGCGGGCGGCUUGGAGGGCUGGUUUACAAGCCCCGCACACGGGGCAGCUGCGUGGUGCAGCCUGCAGGGCUUUGAUCAGCUGCAGUCUGGUGAACACGGGACUUUGAGUCGCUUUUUUUUCCCCCACUUCCCAGGCAGGGGGUGGGAGGCCGAAGCCGCUCUGGUUCUGAGUUAAAGAGCCCUUGGCAGGAAGGUGCUGCCGGGCUGCUGCAGGAGGAUGCGAGCUGAGGGCAGCAGCAGAGUCGAGGAGGAGCAGCUGCUGCAGCUACCUGUGUGGCCUGGGCUGCUGCAGCAGAGACCUGCUGGCGGCAUCAUCAUGUGAAUAUUUAUUACCCGGCUGGGGUCUUCGCUCGCGGUAAUCGAAUGGGAGGUUUGCUUCGGGGAAGGUUAUUUUUCCCCCCUGCGGAAGCUUAUCUAGGGCUCGUGCGGCGAUCGGGGCAGCUGUGGAGCGGACCAGAGCUAACUGGCUUUAUCCAGACAAUGAUCCCAAAGACUAUAUGAUAAUUUCUGGUGGCUGAGAGAGAAAGAAGGCAUUUUGGGGACUGUAUUGAAGCAGAACAGGGGAGCAGGAGGGUGAAAUCAUCCGGCCUGCUCCUCCAGCAGUGGCAGCUCUGCAACUGGUGUGUACAGUGCAUUUUCAGCAGUAGCAAAAUACUAGUUUGCAGGAAGCUGCCAGUUCAACAGCAGGACCUGAGGUACUCCAGAGACAAGAGAAGAAGCAGCACCAGCAUGGAUAAGGACAGCAUGAGCCUAGCUGACCAGCAGUAUGAAUGUGUGGCUGAGAUUGGUGAAGGUGCCUAUGGGAAGGUAUUCAAGGCCCGAGACUUGAAGAAUGGAGGUCGUUUUGUAGCCUUGAAGCGCGUGCGGGUGCAGACAAGCGAGGAGGGAAUGCCACUCUCCACCAUCCGUGAGGUGGCGGUAUUGAGGCACCUGGAGACCUUUGAGCAUCCCAAUGUGGUCAGGUUAUUUGAUGUAUGCACAGUGUCACGAACAGACAGAGAGACCAAACUAACACUAGUGUUUGAACAUGUCGAUCAAGACUUGACCACUUACUUGGAUAAAGUUCCGGAGCCUGGCGUGCCUAUGGAUACUAUAAAGGACAUGAUGCUUCAGCUAUUGCGAGGGCUGGAUUUUCUUCAUUCACACCGAGUGGUGCACCGUGAUCUGAAACCUCAAAAUAUCCUCGUGACAAGCAGUGGGCAGAUAAAAUUAGCUGACUUUGGCCUUGCACGAAUCUACAGUUUUCAGAUGGCUCUUACCUCAGUGGUUGUCACUCUGUGGUACAGAGCUCCUGAAGUUUUGCUUCAAUCCAGCUAUGCAACACCAGUUGAUCUUUGGAGUGUUGGCUGCAUAUUUGCAGAAAUGUUCCGUCGGAAGCCACUUUUUCGUGGAAAUUCAGAUGUUGAUCAGCUAGGAAAAAUCUUUGAUGUCAUUGGGCUCCCGGAAGAAGAAGACUGGCCUAGUGAUGUUGCCCUUCCAAGACACGCUUUCAAUUCCAGACCCCCACAACCCAUUGAAACUUUUGUACCAGAUAUCGAUGAACUAGGCAAGGACUUACUUCUUAAAUGUUUAGCGUUCAAUCCCACCAAGAGGAUAUCUGCCUAUGUUGCUCUGUCUCACCCUUAUUUCCAUGAUCUGGAGAAAUGCAAGGAGAAUCUGGACUCUCUCAUGUCAGCCAGCCAAAACUCCAAUGAGGUGAAUAAAUCAUAAGGCUCAUUGAAGCUGAACCUACAAAUGAACAGUGUAGCUGACAAAGGUCACUGUCCCUAGCUGUUCUACUGAAGAUCAUUAUUUGGAGGUUUUACACGUCUGUCUGCUUCUUCAGGAUGGUAAUAUGCUCCAAGGAAACCAACCUAGUUUACUUUCAUCAAAGCAAUGCAAGAGCCCGGGAUUUCACCUGCUCCCUUUGCAGCUUUAUAUGUGUGUGUGUGUG